AUGGCCGAAACAACAAUCACAAAUACUAGAAGAUCAUUACGCUUAUUAACUGCCGAAAAGAAUAAUAAUCAAACGGCAAGUACCGCAGCAACAUUGAAAUCAGAAGAUAAUACUCAACAGCAAUCAUUAUCGUCAUAUUUUUUAACAUCAACAGUUCGUUCAGCAAAAGCACGCGCAAUUGAAGCUAUUUCUGAGCAAAGUAUUCAACGUCGUUGUCAACGUUCACAAACAGUUCAGUCUAAUUUACAAGUUCCGUCCGAAUCGACAAUAUCACAUUCAACUAGCCGUAAACGUACAAGAUCAAAACAAACACCUCCUCCAUCUCUAGUACGUCAGCAUUCUCCAUCGUCACCUUCAUCUGUGCAUAAUGUUUUAUCAACUUCAUUAAAACAACAAAAACGUAAACGCAGUAGAAAAGACACAAAACAAGAAGAACAGAAUUUUAAUACAAAAUUAAAAUCAACUCAGAAACGUCAACGUCCAACUUCAUCAUCAUCUGUAUCUGAUCAUUCUCCAUCACCAUCACACAAUCGUCGUUCAUUAAAAAAACAGAUCUCAACUCAAAAUCGUAAACGUUCGAAAACAACCACGCCUAUACUAACAAGUAAACGGAUACAGCCACAAAGAUCAAGUUCGUCCAGUGAUACGGAACAAGCAGAAACGGGGAAUAUUUGUAUACGCUCUCGAUCGGGGAGAGAAAUACCAACAAUUGUCAGUGAUCCAGUAGUCCCAAGUUAUCGAAGGCGAAGAAACCGAUCUUCAAUAGUUAAAACAUCACUCGAUACAACAUCGACGACUCAAACGUCAAGUCAGUCUCCAUCUGGUGGUCCACAUUCUGGUCAAGGGACGACGGCCGCCGGUUAUUCUGCCGCGUGUGCCUCGUCAAAUAAUCAUAUUCAUUCUUCAUCUCCAUCCUCUUCUACAACAUCUCCAACACUUUAUUUAUUUAAUCCUACUACACCAUAUUAUUAUCCAUACGCAUCUACAGCAACAACAAAUUCAUCAACAUCUCAAUCUCCAUCAAUUUAUACAUACAGUAGUGGUACAACAAGAACACCGAUUGUAGUUGUACCUAAUACAGCAUCAUCUGUCGUAGCUGGUGCAUCAACAACACUUCAACAACAGCAUAUGUCUGAAAGUGAAGGAGAAAGUGAUUUAAUGGAUCGACAUUCAAUUGAUCCAACAUUAGCGCGUGUUGUCAGUAGUUCACGUGGUGCUGAUUUACUCGGUUCAUUGAAUCAACGUUUAAAUCAGAUGAUAACAAGAGUUAAUGGAAAUUCAUCGAUGGGUAGAUUACCACAAUAUAUUCAACAUUUGCAAUCGAAUGAUAAUGAUUUAAAAUUGGCGACAUUAAAUGAUUUAUGUCAGUUAUUAGUUAUGAGUAAUGAAGAAACAUUACCACAGUUUCCAUACAAACAAUUGGUACCCUUACUUAUACAUUGUUUAAGUGAUGAAAAUGAAUUGAAUAUGGAAAUAGCUCAUCAUGCUUGUCGAGCAUUAUGCUAUUUAAUGGAAGCAUUACCUAGAGCAACAGUAUGCGUCGUCGAAGGAACAUCAGUUUUUUUAAAUAAAAUAAGAAGUAUUAGUUGUAUAGAUAUUGCUGAACAAAGUCUUAUUGCAUUAGAAAUGAUAUCAAGAAGGAAUGGAAAACAUAUUCUGAUCAAUAAUGGUAUCGGUGCUUGUUUACAACAUAUUGAAUUUUUCUCAAUGACAUCUCAAAAUAAAGCAUUAGCUAUCGUUGCUAAUUGCUGUUAUCACAUUAUUACCCGUCAGGAUUUUAAUUAUAUCAAAGAACAUUUAGAAAAUUUAUCAAAUCGUUUACGUAGUGAAGAUAAAAAAUCAAUCGACCAUGUGUGUAAUAUUUUCUCCCGAUUAGUAGAAAAUUUUCAUAAAGAUCAAGCAUUAUUACGUGAAAUUGCAUCAACACAAUUGUUGAAAAUGAUGCAAACAAUGUUAGUCUUACAACCACCGGUGUUGACCGGUUCAACAUUUGUCAGUAUUGUACAUACAUUAUAUUUGUUUUGUGCAUUUUGUCCACUAUUGGCUGUUACUCUAUUGAAAAUGAACAUUGCUGAAACGUUAAUAUGUUUAUUAACGGGUACAGUUGAUUCGGGAACACCGAAAAAACCGUUUACUUAUAAAUCAUCGUUACCAUCAUCUCCAACCGAUACAACACCUUCAUCCCCAUCAACAGCCAUGCCAUCAUUACACCAAUCUGUCGGCGUUGAAUUAAUCUCUCGUACACCACAAGAAUUAUAUGAAAUUGUCUCAUUAAUUGGUGAAAUGAUGCCAAAAUUACCCGAUGAUGAACCGUUAUUUCAAGUCGAUCAAUUAUUGAAACGUGGCCUGUUAAGAAAUGAUCCAGUGGCGACUUUAAAUGCACAUGAUCAUGUUUUGUGGCAAUGGCAAGAUGAUCGAGGUCAAUUACAUCCGUAUUCAAUACAGGAUUCAAGAAUAAUUGAACAAGCAUGGCAACAAGAAGAAGAAGAAAUUUCGUUAUCAACAAUGGGUCGAUCGUAUACAAUUGAUUUCACUGUGAUGCAACAAAUUAACGAAGAAACAGGAACGCAACGUUUCAUACAGAGAAAAGUGAAUCCUCUUGCAACACCAGCGGAGUCAUCACAACAGGGUGAUCAACACACUGCUGAUCAACCUCAACAACCAGAUUCACCAUCGUCAAAUGAAACACCACCAACCACGAAUCGAUCCGUAACAACAACGACCACUACUACAACAGUUGAUUUGUCGUUAAUGGAUGCUCGAACUGAAAUGAUGAAAGACAACAUUGAUUUGUAUAGUCAAUUUAUCCAGUGUCUAUUUACCAUAUUAUAUGAAGUCUAUAAUUCUUCAGCUGGUCCAGCAGUUAAACAUCGUUGUUUACAGGCAUUAUUAAGAAUGAUUUAUUUCUCACCGAGUAGUCUUCUAGAAAUUAUACUUAAACAACAGUCUAUUUCGUCACAUAUAGCUUCAAUGCUAGCGUCAUCUGAUUUGAAAAUUGUUAUUAAUGCAUUACAAAUGGCUGAAAUUCUCAUGAAAAAAUUACCGAAUAUAUUUUCUAUUUAUUUUCAUCGUGAAGGUGUUGUUCACCAAAUUGAAAUUUUAAUUGAUUUUGGUGUUGCUGCCACAUCAUCGAAUCAAUCGUCAUCAACGGCCGUGAAUAACAAUGACAUUGUACAAAUACAAAGUACAAAUUCAGCAGCAUCGUUGCCACAAAUUGAUCCAACAUUUUUAUCAGCAUUUAAUAAUCCAACGACGAUUUUACAAAUCCCAAAUAUAGCGGCUACUAGCGUAGUGACACCAAUAAACGAAAUGCCUCUAGACGAACAAUUACAAUUAAUGCCGGCUCAAGCUCAACAACAAAAUCGUACGACGAUAACAUCAACAAAUCAACCACAAUCGGGACGAUAUUCAACAUCUUCUUAUCGUGGUCUUGGUCGUCGCGCAUAUCAUCAACAACAGCAACAAGUUGCAGCAGAUUUAUUACUGAAUUCCUCUAGUACAACAGUAUUAGAAGCACAACCAUCGACAUCUCAUAGACCAAAUACUCGCAAUCGUGGACGUGGUCAACCGUCACAACAUGGCGUGAGCGGUAGAGCAGUGAAUUAUAAAACACCAUCUCGUUCGAUGUUUGACGAUGUAACUACUGUCGAUACUCGAACUCAAAAGCCAUCAUCCUCACGUCAUGCUACUGCUUCUUCAUCAACGGGUACACUAGACUUAGGCAAUAGCCGAUCUUAUGGUCGAGGUCAUUCACGUCCAAGUUUACGUACACCCGUUCUACCGAAUCCAUCAUUUGGCACGUCAGCAACUUCUAAUUUCAAUUAUGCCAUACGCCCAGUUAUUCAAAGAACAUCAGCUAUCGUAGAUCAGCAUUUUCCUCCUACAUAUUAUUUACCACCAGCGCGGCCAAUUAUUCCCACAGAGACCUCGUUACACACAUCAACGUCGUCUCAAUCACCAGCUAUGAGUAGUCCUUUGUAUGUCCCUCCCACAUUAUCAUCUCAAUAUCUUCAGCAACAGUUUGCUUAUGCAACGGGUAUUCCUUUAUCCGGCAUUCAUCAACAUCCAAAUUAUCAUCAUCCUCAACCAAGUUCAGUUUUGACAAAUAAUGAAAAAGCGAAAUGGAAAGAAUGGAUUCAACAGCAAGCAAAAACAUUUCGUCAAACUUAUUUUUCUUCUCAUCAGUCAAACGACUCAGCAUUAACUGUAAUUACACGUUUAGGCAAAGCUGUCGAUCAAAUAAGUGUCACAGCAACAACAACUACAAACGAUGAAAAUAUGUUGGCAUUAAAAGAAAUAUCAUCGAUAAUAGCCAAUGGUGAUGUGUCUCCAUUUGAAAUGGUUCAUAGUGGAUUAAUCAUAAAACUAUUUCAAUUUUUAUUUGAUAAUACGCCACAAACAUACGAACGUCAACAACGUUUGAAAGAAUUUUUAAAUGUUCUCUUUGAUUUACCAUUACAAAACUCGUGCGAUAUCAGCAGCUCUGAAUCGUUUUUAAAAACAUUCAUCAUCGAUUUAUAUCAUACACAAUUUAGUGCAAAUAAUAAUGUCACUGCUAGUCAACGUAAACAUUCAAUCAGAGGAGAGCAACGAAAUGAUACUGGUGAACACAAUAUUUUUUACCAUUUAGUUAAUAAAUUACACGGAUGUAUUAAUCAAUUGGAACAAUUUCCAAUUAGAGUACAUGAUAUACCGGGGACAAGUACCAUACGAAAUCCAGCAUUGAAAUUUUUAACUAGUCAUCAAUUAAAAUGUAAUCUUGUUCGACAUCAAGAUUGUAAAACAUUAAAACAAUGGAAUAGUGGACCUGUGAAAAUCGAUCCUUUAGCACUAGUAUCAGCUAUUGAAAGAUAUUUAUUACUAAGAGGAAUUGCUAGUGGAAAUACGGAUGAUACGGGUGGAACAAUGGAUGAUGAAGAAAGUGAAGUAUCGAAUGAAUCUGAUGCUGAAGAUGUCAUCAAUGUGUUAACUCGUUCGACAACAUUGCGUUUAGAAUUUUUAAUUAAUGAACGCAUAAUACCGCAUAACAUGACAAUUUAUCAAGCAAUCAAAUUAUACAGUAUGACACCAGAUUCUGAAACGGAAACAGAUAGUGAAUCUGUAUUAACCAGUAAUAUUUGGUCAAAAGUUCACACAAUUUCUUAUCGUCAAGCGUCUUCGUCUCCCCUUUCAACAACGACUACAUCAAUGACAGCAACAACAACAGUUGCUGCUUCGAUCUCUCCAGCAUCAGCGAUAUCCAAUGCUACUGGUUCUGCUGCAUCAAUAACCGCUUUAACAACAUAUUCACCCAGAUCUGGUGGACAAACCAAAGCCAAUUCCAAAAAAACGUCUAAAACAGCGAUAAGUGGAGCACAAAACCUAUCAAAACGUAGUUCCGUUGAUGAAUUGUGGAUAAAUGGUCUAUGCCCAAAGGCGAAAUCAUUGUUAACCUUAACUUUAAACGAGUCAAUGCCAACCACGUUAACAGUAAAUGAUUCAUCAUUAAAUGCCAUAUUUCUACUACGUAUUCUAAACGGUUUAAAUUUAUAUUGGUAUGACUUGUAUCAUGAUACGAGCACAAUGGUAAUUAUGAACAAUAACAACAAUAUAAAUGCUUCCUCUUAUUUGACACUUAUUCCAAAAACAGAAUUUUUAUCCAUUAAAUUAUCAUCAAAAGUCAACAGACAACUACAAGAUCCAUUAGUGAUUAUGACUGGAAAUGUACCUGCGUGGGUGACGGAAAUUGGUUACACUUGUCCCUUUCUAUUUCCAUUUGAAACAAGGCAAAUGUUAUUUUACGUCACAGCAUUUGAUCGAGAUCGAGCAAUGCAACGAUUAUUAGAUAGUUCUGAUAUGAUGAAUCAACAACAUAAUGAUCAAAAUGAGCGAUCCUCCGUGGCGCCAAGAAUUGAAAGAAAAAAAGUUCAAUUAUCAAGAGCAAAUAUCCUUGCUGAAACAGAAAAAAUUUUUGCAAGCUGGAAUAACAAAGCCUAUCUUGAAGUUCAAUACGAAGAUGAGGUUGGUUUCGGUCUUGGUCCAACAUUAGAAUGUUAUUCAAUGGUUUCAAAAGAAUUACAGAAAAAUAAUUUAGAAUUAUGGCGUUCAGAUAAAAUGUUCGAAUCAUCACAUGAUGCAUCAUCGUCAUCGACUUACGUCGAUACAACCGAUGGUUUGUAUCCAGCACCAUUUGGUAGAAAUGCUAAAUCGACUUCUAUAACAAAAGUUCGACAAAAGUUCAAAUUCUUGGGAAAAUUUAUGGCAAAAGCGUUAAUGGAUUCAAGAAUGAUCGAUAUGCCAUUCAGUAUUGUAUUUUAUAAAUGGAUGUUGGCUCAAGAAGAUAGUUUAAAUAUUGAAGAUUUGAUUCACGUUGACACUAAUUUAUAUCAACAAUUUAAAAAAUUAGAAAAUAUUGUUCAUCAGCGUGAUAAACUACAACAAAUGUCAAAAGGAAAAAAACGACUGAAAUCCAAAGAUGAUCCCAUACAUAAUAACAACAAUACAUCAUCUAAUUUUAUCGAUACCGUUGUUAACGAUAACGAUGAUAGUUUAAAAUUGGAUGGUUGUUCAAUCGACGAUUUAGGUUUAUGUUUCACAUUACCCGGAUUUAACCAUAUUGAAUUGAAAAAAGGUGGUAGAGAUUGUUCUGUAAAUCUAAGUAAUUUAGAUCAGUACAUUAAUCUUGUUGUCUAUUGGACAUUAGUGGAAGGUGUUCGUCGACAGUUUGAAUCGUUUCGUGAUGGUUUUAAUUCCAUAUUUCCGAUUCAUCAUUUGAAAUGUUUUUAUCCGGAUGAACUUCAUCAAGUAUUUUGUGGUAGUGGUGCUACUGAUUUAUGGGAUCUCAAAGUACUAUUGGAAUCGACACGUUGUGAUCAUGGUUAUAAUUUAAAUAGUCGUGCUGUCAAAUGGUUAUUUGAAAUUAUGAUUGAUUUUGACAUUGACGAACGUCGAGCAUUUUUACAAUUUGUUACUGGUAGUCCACGUUUACCUGUCGGUGGUUUUCGUACACUACAUCCACCGUUAACUGUUGUCCGUAAAACAGUUGAAAAUGAAAAUCCUGAUAAUUUUCUACCUAGUGUUAUGACGUGUGUCAAUUAUCUAAAAUUACCCGAUUAUACAUCAAAAGAUAUUAUGAAAACAAAAUUAUCAACGGCCAUACAUGAUGGACAAUUUGCAUUUUUAUUGUCAUAA